AUGCCGUUCCCAUAUAAGACAGUCCUCCUAGUCGGCGCAACAUCGGGCAUUGGUCUCGCGCUGGCCGAGCGCCUGAUCGAGAACGGCGUCUUCGUAAUCGGCGUCGGCCGCCGCAAGGAGCGACUCGAUGAAUUCGUAGCCAAGCAUGGACCCUCCAAGGCCGCAGUAUCGCAAUUCGAUAUUACGAAGCUUGACGAGAUCCAAAAGUGGUCCAAAGACAUCACCACCGCCCACCCCACCAUCGACGCCGUGAUCCUCAACUCCGGGAUCCAGCGGACCCUCGACUUCACCAACCCCGAAGCCAUCGACGUAUCCCGAACCCUGCAAGAGCUGCACACGAACUACACGUCCUACCUCUUGCUAACCACCUACCUCCUCCCCCACCUCAAGACGAUCGCGCCGCAGCCCGCCGCCCUCGUAGCCGUGACCUCCGGCCUCGCCAUCGUGCCGCUCCCCCGCUGCGGGAACUACUGCGCGACCAAAGCCGCGCUGCACUCGCUCCUGUGGUCGAUGCGCGCGCAGUUCGCGCACGACCCCUCGUGGUCGCACCUCCGGGUGAUCGAGAUCCUGCCGCCGGCCGUGCAGACGGAGCUGCACUCGCAGCAGCGGGAGCUCGUGGCCAUCGGCGAGGGCAACAUCGGCAUCCCGCUGGCGCAGUUCACCGACGAGGCGUGGGCGGGCCUGCUGAGGGGCGACGACGAGGUUCCCGUCGGCAUCGUCGCGGAGACCCUGCACGUCGCGGAGAAGCCGCGGCGCGAGCAGUUCGAGGGCAUGGUGAGGAGGACGAUGACGCGGAAGUGA